AUGGGUGUAGUUAUAAAAUAUUUGGUAGCGGGUUUAGUAAGAUAUUGGUUGAUACAUUUGGAUUACUGGCAAACGAUAGCUAACAGAGUUGAAAUAGCUACGCCGCUUAACUCAUGGAAGAGGUUAAUGGAAGGGGUUUAUUUAUAUGACCACAACAUAAACCCAUAUGAAGGAGAUAGUUUUCAUGAAUCACCAAUUAUGUUAAUUUUUUUCCAUUUUCUACUGACUAAAGCUCCAAUUAUAUUACCUAUUUUAUUCACGAUAUUAGACCUGUUGACUGCUCAUCUUCUAUACAAAACUUCAAAGGCUUUUACAAGAAUUUUCAAGGAAUCCCAAGAAGCGGUUCUGCCUGAGGUAGCAGAAGAGUCUAAAACUAUGCUUCUCAGUGACACUCAAUUGAAGGAAGCAUCAGAGUAUGUAUUAUCAGUGUAUUUGUUUAAUCCAUACUCUGUUUUGAACUGUGCUGGUAUGACUACAACGGUUAUACAGAACUUACUUUUAGCAACUGCACUGUGGGGAGCUUCGAGUGGCAAAAGAAUUAUUGCAUGUGUGUUUAUCGCACUAGCAACCCAUCAAGCACUGUACCCAUUAUUAUUAAUUGUGCCGAUUGCUAUACUACUAGCUGACAUAAAUAAAGGUUGCAACAAAUGCUCAUAUAUAAGAACGUUGCUAGUUUUUGUGUUGAGCUGGGGUUUCUUAAUAUACUUAUCUGCCUACAUUAUGGAUGGUUCAUACAACUAUGUUUACAAUACUUAUGGAUUUAUAUUGACGGUUCCAGAUUUGAAACCAAAUAUUGGUCUUUUUUGGUAUUUCUUCACGGAAAUGUUUGAGCACUUCAGAUUACUGUUUGUGUGUGCAUUUCAAAUCAAUGCACUAGCAUUAUAUAUUGUACCGCUUACAUUGAGAUUUAGAAAGGAGCCUGUAUUACUUGCUACUGUACUCAUUGCCUUGUCUACUAUAUUUAGAUCAUACCCUUGCAUAGGUGAUGUUGGAUUUUAUCUGGCCUUACUACCACUGUGGAAACAUUUAUUUACAUUCAUGCAGCAAAAAUUCAUUGUUGGGUGUGCAUUUAUCAUCACAUCUGUCCUUGGACCGACAGUUUGGCAUUUGUGGAUAUAUUCAGGGUCAGCCAAUGCCAACUUCUUCUUUGGAGUGACUUUGUCCUUUGCCACUGCACAAAUAUUCCUCAUAACGGAUUUACUUUUUGCAUACAUUAAGAGAGAGUUUACCCUAAAACACGGCUCAUCACGACAAGUGGAUGGAAAACCGGCGAAGUUAGUUCUUCGAUAA